AUGGCGUCGGGAACGCGCUGGCUGCAAGGAGUCCAGGGGAUGGGGCAGCACGCCCCCGGAAACAACACGGGCGGCCCAGAAAAGAGAACGGAGAAGCCAGGGGGGGCCAAAGGAGCAAGAGGAACGAACGAGGCCACGCCCGCCGAAGGGGGCACACCGGACGCCGCGGAACCCGGGCCGGGCCGAAGGGGGCCCCGCCGGCGCGGGGGGAGGGGGGGCAACACAGGGGCCGAGAGCCCGGGCCAGGCCACCCGCAAAGCCCCGGAGAGGGGAGCCGACCACAGGGACCGAGGGGCAAACGGACCGCGGGAGGGGCGGGAGGAGCCGGACGAAGCCAGGGGGGGAGAGGCACACGGGCACGCGGCAGACGGCGGGCCGAGGGGGCGGGGACCCAGCAGCGCAGGGACGCGGGAGAACGGGAGGCGGCGCCGCCACCAGGGACGGCAAGAGGGGGGGGGGGGGAGAGGGAGGGGCCGCCCCGGGCCGCGGGCCAAGCAGAGACCCGGGACGGAAGGCCCGGGGAGCGAGGGGGCGGGGCCCGGGCACGGCGGGAGCCCGGGACCGCCAAGAGCCCCGGGGGGGGGGCGGGCAGGGCGGCGGGCGGGGGGGGGGCCCGCCCGCGCAGCGGGGGGGGGAGCAACCCCGGGGGAGCAAGCAGGGGCCCGCAGCAGGGCCAAGGGAAGCGCACCGCCCAGGAAACGCCCCAAGGGCCCGGGGAAGGGGCCACCAACGCCCCCGGCCCAGCCGGCCGGGCGCGGGGAGGGCCCGCCGGGCACAGGCCACAGGGCCCGGGGCCGCGACGGGCCCCCGCGGGCGCCGCCGAGGCAGGCCGGGACACCAGACGCGCGCGCCAGCGCCGCCACCGAGAGCCCGCGCGGGCCGCGCCGCCGGGGCCCCAGGCCCCCGCCCCAACGCCGCCGGGGGCGCGGGGCGGCCGGGCCCGACAGCAGGCACAGAGGGCCACCCCCGAGGGCGGGGAGGGGCCGGGAGCCCAAGCGCCGGCCAGAGACCGGAGGGGCCAGCGGCGGGACGGGCAGCGAAGGCCAGGGGGGCGGGGCGCACGGGGAGCCGGAGGCCCGCACGGCCGCGGGCAAACCCCAGCGCGGAGGGCCCGGGAGAGACCCGCCCAAGGGGACAGGGGACCCCGACGGGGGGGAAGGAGGGGCCGGGGGGCCG